AUGGCCUCUACCGCUCCCCCCAACGGCGUCCAGAACAAGCUUCUGGACAGCCUCGUCCGCACGCCCGGCCGCCAACCGUCGCCCCAGCCCACUCACCUGAGCGUUCCCGGCUCGACACAUCACCGCGUGUUGCAGGAGGAGGGUCCCGGAUAUGUCGCGCCAAAGUUCGAGGGCAAGGAGCAGCAGAUGGAGACGGUCAUGGACCAGGUUGAGGAGAAGGGCUUCAUUCCGGCCGACUUUGUCGAGUCCGAGACCAAUUGGUUCUACAAUGAGCUCGGCAUUGACGACAGCUACUUUGCCACCGAGUCGGUCGAAGCCAUUGUGAACCACAUCCACUCGCUGUACGCCGCCAAGAUUGCCGCGUACGCCCGCGAUGACAAGCUCCUCGAGAUCCGCUUGGACAAGGAGGCCGCGGACCACGCCGUGUACAUCGACACGAGCAAGCCCGGUGUCAGCAACAUGGAAGGUCCGCAGUACGAGCGCCGCAUCGACCAAAAGUACCUCAACCCCUCGCCGGGCGGCAGCAUCUACCGCGUCGAAACCUUCCGCUCCGCCGGCCUGCUCCCCGGCGGCAACGAGCAGCAGCUCCGAUGCUACUUUGUGUACCAGUGCGAGUUUGCCAACGAUGCGGCCACGUCGGCCGGGGAGACGCAGCUGGAGAAGAUUGGCGAGAAGCGUUUCCUGCAAAAGGCGACGCAGAACACCAAGGAAAUCUACCAGCAGGUCCUCGAGAAUGCCGUCUCCCGCACGGGCCCCGUCAUCGAGUGCUUCGACAUUGAGGGCUCCCGCGAGAAGCGCCUGGUCAUUGCCUACAAGCAGGGCUCCGCGCUCGGCCUGUUCAGCGCCUUGAGCGACCUGUACCAUUACUACGGGUUGACUUCAUCCCGCAAAUAUGUCGAGCAAUUCUCGAACGGCUACACGGUCAUGUCCAUCUAUCUGCGCCCCGCUCCGCAAUCGGUCAGCUCGGCCCGUCACCCGCCGAUUGAAGCCUCGAUCCACCAGAUCAUCAAGGAGGUCUCUCUGCUGUACUGCAUUCCGCAGAACAAGCUGCAGCUGCACUUUGCCUCUGGCAGGCUGAGUUUGCAGGAAACCAUCUACGCUCACUGCGUGUGGGUUUUCGUCGGCCAUUUCCUCAACAGAUUAGGCUCCGAGUAUACCACUCUGUCGUCGAUGCUGGACAGCAACAACAGCGUGCAUGCCGAACUGCUGUCCAGGCUCAAGCGCCGUCUCCGUACCGAGACCUUCACCGCCGACUACAUUCUCGAAAUCAUCAACGAAUACCCUGACCUCAUCCACUCGCUGUACUUGACGUUUGCCAACACGCAUUACGUCCAGACCAGAGGGGAGCAGGAUGACUUCAUUCCAACCCUGAGUUACCUUCGCAUGAAGGUCGACAAGGUCUUGACCGACUCGGAGCUCGAGGCGCUCAUCGCCAAGACCGUGACCAACGAGCACCAUGCCAUGGUCAUGACGGCUUUCCGGACCUUCAACGCCAGCGUCUUGAAGACAAACUUUUACACCCCGACCAAGGUCGCCCUGAGCUUCAGGCUCAACCCCACCUUCCUUCCGCCUUCCGAGUACCCGCAGCCGUUGUACGGCAUGUUCUUGGUCAUUAGCUCCGAGUUCCGCGGCUUCCACCUCCGCUUCAGGGACAUCGCACGUGGAGGCAUCCGCAUCGUCAAGUCGAGGAGUUCCGAGGCUUAUGCCAUCAACGCCCGGUCGCUCUUUGACGAAAACUACAACCUUGCGAACACGCAGCAGAGGAAGAACAAGGACAUCCCCGAGGGUGGUUCCAAGGGCGUUAUCCUCCUCGACGUCCGUCACCAAGACAAGGCCAGAGUCGCCUUUGAAAAGUACAUCGACAGUAUCCUGGACCUGCUGCUCCCUCCGACCAGCCCGGGUAUCAAGGACCCGAUCGUCGACCUGCACGGCCAGCAGGAGAUCCUGUUCAUGGGUCCGGACGAGAACACCGCUGACCUCGUCGACUGGGCCACCGAGCACGCCAGGGAGCGCGGCGCGCCCUGGUGGAAGUCGUUCUUCACCGGCAAGAGCCCCAAGCUCGGUGGAAUCCCCCACGACCGCUACGGCAUGACCACCCUCUCCGUCCGCGAGUAUGUGCUCGGCAUCUACCGCAAGCUCAGCCUCGACCAGACCAAGAUCCGCAAGCUUCAGACCGGCGGACCGGACGGCGAUCUCGGUUCCAACGAGAUUCUCCUGGGCAACGAGCAGUACACGGCCAUCGUGGAUGGCUCCGGCGUCCUUGUCGACCCCAACGGCCUCGACCGCGACGAGCUGGUGCGCUUGGCCAAGAGCCGCCUCAUGAUCUCGAACUUCGACACGGCCAAGCUCUCUCCGGAGGGCUACCGCGUCCUGGUCGAGGACAACAACGUCAAGCUGCCCAGCGGCGAGAUCGUCAACAACGGAACGCAGUUCCGCAACACGUUCCACCUGCGCGACGGCUCCGCCUAUGACAUCUUCGUCCCGUGCGGCGGCCGUCCCGAGUCCAUCGACCUCGGCACCGCCAACAAGCUCAUCGUCGACGGCAAGUGCCUCAUCCCGUACAUUGUCGAAGGCGCCAACCUGUUCAUCACCCAGGACGCCAAGCUCCGCCUCGAGAAGGCGGGCUGCAUCCUGUACAAGGACGCGUCGGCCAACAAGGGCGGUGUCACUUCGUCGUCGCUCGAGGUCCUGGCCUCGCUCUCGUUUGACGACGAGGGCUUCAUCGAGAACAUGUGCAUCCGCGAAGACGGCUCGGCGCCGCAGUUCUACGACGACUACGUCAAGCAGGUGCAGCAGACGAUCAAGAACAACGCCGCGCUCGAGUUCGAGGCCAUCUGGAGGGAACACCAGGAGACCGGCGAACCUCGCAGUAUUCUGAGCGACAAGCUCAGCGUGGCCAUCACCAAGCUCGACGAGGAGCUGCAGAACACGGAGCUGUGGGACAACGUGGAGCUGAGGAAGUCGGUCCUCGGCGACGCUCUGCCUGGUCUUUUGCUCCAGAAGAUUGGCUUGGAGACUAUCAUGGAACGGGUUCCUGAAAACUACCUCCGCGCCAUCUUCGGAAGCUACUUGGCCAGCCGGUUCGUGUAUGAAUAUGGCAUCUCUGCAAGCCAGUUCGCUUUCUUCGCCUUCAUGAACAAGAGGAUGGCUCGUCUCAGAGAAUAG